AUCCAAGCAAAUGCAGCUUCAAGAAAAUAACCAUUGUAGUGUGAUGGGUGUCCGACAUGGCCGCUGAUACUUAGUUAACACUUAACCCCCGGGAAAAUAACCCGAAACCUCAUGACAUGCAAACAGCUAUCACUUGAUCAAGGAGACAUGAGUGAGAAACCCUGAAUAAAAAUCUAAAUAGAUAUUGUCUAUUCUGACUUUUGUAGUCUGUAAUUGUCUUUAAUACAUCUGUAGUUAAUCGUUAUAUUCUAUGGAUAUAUUUUAAUGUGUAACAGCAGGCAACUAUCAAUUAUUGUUUAUUUUGAGAUUAAAUAUUUAAAAUGUAUGAAUUUCAAUGUACAGAUGAUAUUUUUAGAGAAGAUCUCAUCCUUAUAGAAAAGCUAAAGGAGAAAUGGCAUGAAUUGCAUGUGAAUACGAGCAUUUUUAGAUACAAAUUAGGGACAUUAAAAAAAAAGCUAGCCGGAAAUUAUGUGCUACAGUUAAACCAUGAUCGAAGUGUAAAAAGAAGACAGCCUGAACAUAUGACAGAUAUUUGCCAGCCAUUUGAUGAAAAUAAAUUUAAUUUCUCAAAGGUAUCAAGUGAAGAAGUUCUCUACAAAUUUUGGAAUAAAGAUACUGCCACAAACAUACAUGCAAUUGUUGUCAAUGUUAGCCCUAUAAACUACUACCAUUCACUACUAUGUCCAUCUAUUUAUCAAAUGCUUCCACAAGUGGUCACACUGGAUAGUCUGAAGUUAGUUUUAUAUAUUCAUUCAUUGUCCCAGGAUCGUGACCUACGGAUUGCUUUUAACAGCUUAUGUGCAUUGGCUUCAGUGAAUCACUUACAUUAUCAUCUAGUAUUUGAAAAACAAAAAUUGCCUAUUGAAUAUGCUAACUGCAAACAUAUUAAAGGACCACUAUGGUUGAUGGAAAACUAUCCAAUACCAGGAUUUUGCUUUGAUGGCAAUGCCAAAAAUGCAGCGGAGGAUAUUUUUAAACUCAUCCAAUAUUUUUUGUCAAAUUCCAUCGCCCAUAAUAUAUUCAUAACUAAAGGCUGUUCUUUUAAUAACGGAGAUGAUAUAACAAGGGUGUUUGUUUGGGCGAGAAAAAGUACAACUGGUGCCAAGCAAUUGGCUGCAUUUAAUGUUGCUGCGUUGGAGUUUGGGGGAUAUUUUGCUGUGUAUUCUGAUGAAGAUUUUGAAAAGCUCGAAGUCCAGGAUUUAGACAGAGAACUAGCAAAAUGGAAAUUAGAUAAUUUUGACCAAUUAUGUAAAGAUGUUGAGAAAUUGUUUCUAUGAUUGUGAUGUUUUAGAAAUAUUAAAAAUGUAUUUAUUUGAUUUGCUUAUUUAAAUCAAUUGCCAGACAAAUCUUAUUAAAAACUUUGAAAAUUAA